CAGCCCAGACCCUCUGCUGUGCAGGGGGCGGGGGGAACAGGUGCUCGGACUGCGUAGGGCACCAUAAUUGGUAGGGACGGUCCUAGGCUGAGAGCUUGGCCUCUCAGCUCCAGGUGCAGCUCCCUAGUGGGCCCCCUCCCAACAAGAGUCCCCCCACCGCCCAGGGGUGACAGCCUGAGCUGUGGGGCUUUCUUGUCAAUUUUUGGGCUCAAGCACCCAGCUGUGAAAUUGAAAAGAAUGACAGCCAAUGUUGGAUAUGGCUGGCUGACCGACUGCUAAGAGACAGCGUGGGCCAGACAUGACCUCAGCUCUCAAGGCCCUGCCCAACAUCCAUAGAGCCUGCGUGAUCCCAGCCUGUUGGGGGCAAGCAUCUCACCCGCACAGUAUGUCCCUCUGGGAGCACGGGCUGCACCUCUUCCGCAGCGCCGUGGGUGUCGUCCUGCCAGCCCCCAUGCUGAGAAGGGCCCUGGUGCUCAAAACAGACGGCUGCCCCAGGCUGGUCGUGAAGGACCGGGCUUUCCCUGUGAGGAGGAACCUGUAUCUGGUGGGCUUCGGGAAGGCUGUGCUGGGAAUGGCAGCUGUGGCAGAGGAGAUCCUCGGGGACCACCUAAUUCAGGGGGUUGUCAGCGUCCCCCACGGCAUCCGGGCAUGCCUGCAGCAGGCGGGAAUGGAGGAGAUGUUGCUGAAGCCUCACAGCAGGAUCCAGGUCAUAGAAGGAGCUAAGCACAACCUCCCUGACAGAGAGGCUCUGAGGGCAGCCAGCAUGAUUCGGGAGCUAGCUGAAGGACUGACAGCUGACGACCUCCUCCUUGUGCUAAUCUCAGGAGGUGGAUCGGCCCUACUCCCUGCUCCUACUCCUCCGAUCCUCUUGGAAGAGAAAGAGAAGGUCACCAAGCUUCUGGCUUCCAGAGGAGCUACCAUACAGGAGCUCAACACUAUCCGGAAGGCUCUUUCUUUGUUGAAAGGUGGAGGGUUGGCCCGGGCUGCAUAUCCUGCACAGGUGCUAAGCCUCAUCCUCUCUGAUGUCAUUGGCAACCCAGUGGACAUUAUUGCGAGUGGCCCCACUGUCUACAGUUCCCCCAGUGUUCAAGGCUGCCUGCAGAUAAUGACAAAAUACAACCUGAUGAGCACCUUGCCCAGAUCUGUGGAAAGAGUGCUGUCCAGCUCCGUCUCAGAUGCCAGUGGUCCGAAAGACUAUUCCCACGUCUACAAUGUUGUCAUUGGCUCAAACAGUUUAGCUUUAGAGGAGGCCAAACACCAAGCAGAGGAUUUGGGCUACUGGACCCUGAUUUUGAGUGCGGGGGUUUGUGGGGAGGUCAGCAGAGUGGCCAAACUCUACAGCCAGCUGAUUCAGUUUGUUUGCUUGAGCACAGCUGGACUUGGAGAAGGUCCUCUAAGAGACCAGGUGAGAGGAGAUCUUCUAAAGCUGGCAGCAGAGCUAGAGAUCCCAGGUUUGAACCUUGUGGACUCUUUGAAGGCUUUGCAAGGAUUGGAGCCUGAAAGAUCGGUUUGCCUGCUGGCUGGUGGAGAGACCACGGUCCAGCUUCAAGGAAAUGGGAAGGGUGGGAGGAACCAGGAGUUGGCCUUACAGGUGGCAUUGGAGUUACACCGAGCUAAGGCCACUGGGGCUGGCUACGUCCUUGGGAAAUGUGAAGUCCUGUUCUUCAGUGGUGGAACUGAUGGACAAGAUGGGCCAACAGAGGCAGCUGGUGCCUUCUCUAGCCAGGAACUGGUGGAUAAGGCUGCUCAGGAAGGUCUCGAUGUGGAGACGUUUCUGAGCAACAAUGACUCCUACACAUUCUUCAGUAAGUUCCGAAAAGGACAUCACCUUUUGCUGACUGGUUUAACAGGCACCAAUGUCAUGGACAUCCAGGCUAUUUUAAUUAGGGCUAGAGACAGAUAAGGACAGCACCUCUACAAACUCCUCAGUUGUUUUUAAUUAGAGGCAUUGGUGAAAAAUGAGGAUACCAAUGUUCUGGACAAAUCCAGACUGUUUAAAUUAGGCACAGCUGGCGAGGGCACUAAUAUCAUGGCUGUAAAAGCUACAUUAGUGAGGCACAUGGGUGGGUUACCAUGACCAUGUUCAAUCUGUUAAUUAGGAUCAGAGAAAGGUAAAAAACACCAGUAUUAUGAGCAUUGGGGCUGCAUUAAAACCUUCCAGCCGAAGAACCACUAACAUACUGCAUUUUGGCUGUGAUUACAAAGAAUUCAGAAAUGCAGGGCUGAUGACUGGCAGGCAAAUAAGGCUGGGAUUUAUAAAGGCAUCUUAGGGAGUUUGAGUUCAAGUGGGAUUGUUGGACAUCUGACGCCCAGCCUAAAGCUCUAGGUUGCUGUUGUAACUCUUAUUCCAUACAAAGCUAACAAGGUAUAUUAGACUAGUCCAUAGGGCCCUAAAUCCAGUGCACUCCCAAGUUCAGCGGAGAUGAGCACAUGGCGUCAGUUUAACCUUUGGUCUUGGAUACAUGGCAAAAACACACCCAGCUGUGGUAUUAAUACCAUGUUAGGUGAAGAACGGUGUGAACCAUGAUUCAGAUGCACUGGUGCAGAAACCAUCUGAACAUGAGACCUUCUCCCCAACUGUGUAACCUUCUGUGCCCUGGUGUGGUGACAUUUCCGCCCCAUGGUUGAUAUUUCAUGGGGUAGCACACUGCACUCUGUGUGUGUAUGCUACAAGCAUUCAGAAUGUUACCACCAAACCAGUCAGAAAGCAAUACAGCCUCCAGCCUGAGUCAUUGACCUUUUUACUGUGUAAAGUCAGUAGUCGCUGUCGUUCUGAUUAACUCCUCUAAGUCCAUAGAACAAAAGGCCACAAAAUCUGUAAAUUCAACUCUCCUGACCCCUAUUGCUGCACUGAUCAAAGGGCAAAGCAGCUGGGGCCAUUGCUCUGUCAAACAACAGAUCCCUCCAGCCUCUGGGACAAUGCGGAGCACCAGCUACUUCAGCGUUGUCAUAAAUUAAAAUCAGAUCCUGCCUUACUAUACUCAGCUCAGUUCCCAACGUGACACCUGGGGCCAGGUUUUUCAAGAAGCACAGCAAUCAGCGUCUUCAUCUCUUGUGAAGAUCUGGCCGCUUAUUGCGGUGCCUAAAUGGGAGCUGAGCUCGCUUGAAAUUCCAGCCCUGAUUUAAAACAUUUGAUUCACAUGGUUUGCAGACAGAUGUAGCUGUGCCGUGUGGCUGAUCUAACUUUGCAACUUAAGUAUACCAUCCUAUUAAUACCAUAAACAGUGAAAUCAUUGCACAGUCAUGCUGAGCAAGAUUCAAAGGGACCGGACAUUUAUAAUUUUAACAAGAAUAUCCAAGAAUAGUUAAUGCUAAUAAUAUUUUUGGAGGGCAUAUAAAACCUUAUGCUUUUUGGUUUUAAAUCAAUCCCUAUGCAAUAGAGAUUAGGAUUGGAUCUACAUGUCUACUGAGUGAUUUCUUGCGCCUUUCUCUGAGGCAUCUGGGCACUGGUAACUAUUGGAGACAAGAUCCUGGACUAUGUGGAUCUUGAGUCUGAUCUAGUCUGGCAGAUCCUGUGUUCUGAUGUGUGAUCUUGUGAUUAAGGCAUAGAUUUGGGAACUAGACGAGCUAGAUCCUAUCUCAGCUCUGCUAACACUCCCAUUUAUAAGCUUAGACAAGUCACUAACAUUCUGAGGCUCAAUUUCUUCUAUAACAUGGGGGUGACCAUCUUUACCUACAUCCCAGGGGUUUUGUGAGGCUAAAUUUGCUAGUGGUUGCAAAGUGCUUUGAAACCCACUGCUGGAAGGUGCUAGAGACCUAGGACAUAUGAUAAACUGGAGGCAUGAAUACAAUGUCAGAGUGCAGACUGUGGAGGGAAGUUUGUGUGUGUGUGUUUUUGAAGGUUUCUCAGUGGAGUGGAGAAUGCCAUUUGAAUUUCCCUGUGUGUGUGGCACCUACCAUAGUGGGACCCUGAUCUGAUUGGGGUCCCUGUGCAUGACUGCAGUGAAAAUAGCAUGAAUUAAUGCAAAGGGAAAAUGAAUGUGUUCAAAGAGCUUGUUUAUGGGUGAAGAUAAUUGAUUGGACAGCCAUGUUAGUUACUUAGCACCUAAUCCUGCUCUUUGUUAAACCAGGGUAAAUCUGGAGUCGAGUUGGGUUAACUACGAUGAGUGCAAAAUACCACUUUGUUGCUGGCACUGUACUGCACCUGCUCUGCUGUUCAUGUCCAUUAUCAUUUAAUAGACAUCAGUGGAAGGUAGGCUGUGCCUGGUAGAUCUAGCAGCAGAGUAGGUGUGCUCCAUCUGGAUGUGUCUGAAACGUUCAGCACUGCAGCCAGUGUAUAUGAGUUACGAGCCCCAUUUGGCAGCACAGCAGGUGCUUUCUGCCUGGAGGUACCUGGUACAUUCUGCAGUUGACCAGGUGCCUUCUACCUGAAGGGGCUUGGAAUGCUCAGCAGCCUAUGUAUGUUCUACACGGAUGUAGCUAGUAUAUUUAGCAGCAUAACAGCUGUAUUAUACAGGAGAUCUCUGAAACGUAUGGCAUCACGCGAGUGGUCAACGGCACAGAAAAAUGUUUGAGGAUUUGUGCAAAAUAAAAAGUGGGGAGGCAAACCUCGGAGCAGGAAGGAAUUACAUUAUAGGCCAGAUCCUCAUCUGGUGUAGAUUGACACCGCUUCUCUGACAUCAGUGGAAUGAUUCUCAUUUACACCAACUGAGAAUCUAACCCCCUAUUCCCUCCCUUGCACUCAGAGCCCUGAAAAAGAAUGCCUUUUCUAACUGCCAAGCAUUGCUUAAGCCCUUGGAGGUGCUGAUCUGAGAUCAUUCACAGUCAAGUUCUGAAAACGUUGGCUGGCAUUCACUCCUCCAGGGAAGUCCCUGAGCUGUUAAUAACACACCAUACCACUCACAUCAGCCCUGCUUUUUUAAACAGGAGCGUUUCACUAAUGAUUAAAAUGAGCUCAUCUUGUGGAGGGGGAAGGCUGAUAAAAGGUCUGAUGAAAGCAUGCAGCUGUUUGAAGCACAUUUCACAUCUUCAUUCACUUGGCUUCCUUUCCCCUACAAGUUGUUUGACUUAUCCCUUCUGUUUUAAUGAGGAAAAAGCAGGACCAGGGGCAUUGGUCAAGGACGGUGAGGUUAUAUUAGCAUUUUUACUCUUCAAGCUGUGUAGUCUAAGCUUCAUCUCUGAGCUAACCUCAGUGAGGGGCUUGCACGUCCUCACCACGCUGCUCUGUAAUGCACACACCUGGCUGCCAUAGAACUGGAAAGAGAUGUGAUUUCUUCUUCCUUCUUCUUCUUUCUUCUGUGCUAACUGUUUAGCACAGAACUGCAGCUAUCUGUGUUAUAACUCAGAUUAUAAAAGGUGGGAGCAGAAGAUGGAAAAAGCUCCCUCUGGCUCUAAAGCCAUUCACCAGCAGCAGAAGAGUCCAACGGUAGCUUGCUCUCCAGGCCAGAUCCUGCUCUUACUCACAUCAGUAUGAAUGUGGAGUCAUUGGGCCAGAUUCUCAUUUUCAUUAAGUCUGGGGCCACACCCACUUUAAGACCAGAACAGUAUAAAGGGGUCUUAGUGGCUAUGAGAAUCUGGCUUGCUCUGUUUAAUUCAGUGGAGUUACUCUGCAUUUACACAAGUGUGACUAAGAGCAGACUCUCUUCCUAACUGCAACUUGUGUAGCUAUUGGGCCACCC